AUGCAGCAGAAGCAGGCCAUCGAGCGAAAAGUCAGGCAAAAAAACAUCCUGGAAGAGCAGGUCCGAGAAGCCCGUCAGAAGGACAGUGAGUACAAGUCCUCCAUGAUGAACUGGGGUGGCAGGAUGCAGGCAGAUGCCGAUCAGAGCUGGCCUGAGCAGCACGCUGAUGGCACAGCAUCCACUGCUCAUGGUUCUAUGCUUGCGGCACAGUCAAGUGACUCGCAGAGCUGGAGGUGGCAAGAGGAGGAGCGAGUGAAGAAAGCACAGCAACAGGAGGCUACAGCUUUGCCCCUAGCCGUUCAAGCUCUGGUGAUCUCACUUCAGGCUCAGCGGAAGUUCAACCAAGAGCAGGAAAGGCAUGCAGAGGCUGGCCGCCAGCGGAAGCGGGCCGAGGCGCGCCUGUCGGCUCAGCUCGAGGAGGACAUGGCGAAGCAGGCUGCCGAAGCUAAGCUUCAACAAGACGAAGCUGAGGAGAGGAAGAAGCGCAAGCAGCAGGAAGUUGCCAAGCAGAUGGCAGAAGCAGCAAAGCAAGCUGCCGAGCAGAAGGCACUGCAGAAGCAGGAGGAAGCAAAGAAGGACAUUGCAUUGAUGCAAGCGCAGAUAGCUCUCAUGGAGGACCAGGAGCGGCGACGUGCGGAGGCGAUACAGAAGAUCAAGGACAAGCAGGGCCAAGCCUUGGCACAGUACGAGGCGGGAGCUGGAAGUCAGCAGGCGAAGCUCCAACAGGAGGCAACUGCAACAGGGAAAGUUUGGCUGCAAGUAGUGUUUGAGCUCCUUGGCAGACUCCGCGCUGUUCUGCACCAUGCCACGACUCCGCUGUUGGAGACGCCAGGAGCUUGGAAUUUGGGCACGUUUGCGUGCCUAACCGGCGCAGUAUGCCUCAGCUCACGCCAAGCCUCCAGAGUGGCUUUGUUGGCGAAGAAGAAGACUGCAAAGAAGCUCCCCAAAAGAGAAAAAGGCAGAAAGAAAAAGCCCUUCGAGCCCGGCGAGCAGUUGGGUGUGACCGAGCCCUUGGGUUUUUGGGACCCCUUGGGGAUCUCCCCCAAAGAUGAACAGACAUUCUACGAGUACCGUGUCUGUGAGAUCAAGCACGGCAGAGUUGCCAUGAUGGCAUGUAUAGGGGCGAUCGGCCAGCAUUACUUGAGGUUUGGCUGGUUCAGCAAGACAACUUGGGGCGAACCCAUGCCCUCAGGCUUCGCAGCAGUCUUCAGCAACCCUGCUGCCUUUGGCAUGAUCGUUCUGACCGCCGUCGCUGGACUCCUGGAGUUCACACUGUUCAAGGAUGAUAUCUCGAAGGGAGCCGGGAACUUCGGUGAUCCGCUUCGCUUAGGCCAGUACACAGAUGACAUGCGCAAUCGCGAGCUCAACAACGGGCGCUUCGCGAUGUUCUCCAUCAUGGGGAUCAUCGCUGCAGAGGGUGCCACAGGCAAAGAUGCCAUCGAGCAAUUGGGCCUCUAA